CAUCACUUCGUCCUUUUACUUUGUACCUCGUCAGUUCCCGUAGUUCCUGUCUCAGAUUCGUUCAUCUUUUGUGUGGUUGUGUUCUGGUGAAGGUCGUUUGAUUGUGGGAAACUUAAAAUGUCUGGAGCACUGGCAAAGCCUGUAAUGCGAGGCAUGCUCGCAAAACGCCUGCGGUUCCAUUUAAUAGCUGCCUUCUCACUUGCAAUCGGCAUUGCAGCCACCUUCAAAUUUGCUGUAGCAGAACCAAGGAAAAAGGCAUAUGCCGAAUUCUAUAAGAAAUAUGAUGUUGCAAAGGAGUUUGAAGCAAUGAGGGAGGCUGGAGUAUUUGUAAGUGCAAGACCAACUGGUAAAUGAGCUCCAUCACAACAAUUUUCCACAGGUUUAGCUCCUGUACUUUUCAAGAUAGGUUCAGAAUUCCAGUACUUGAAAAUAGGAUGUGGCAAAAUGCAAGAUACUUCAUCUUUCCGAAGCUUAAUUCCUGUACAGUAUAUGUUUAAAAUAUAAUAAAAAUAUCUUGUCUCAA